GCGGAUAGGCCGCGAGAGGUUUCUCUCUAUUAGGCGAGAAAGCUUUCGCUAAUACCCCAACUUUAGAUAAACAGAACACACCUUUUGGAACUAUCUCUCGCGGACGAGCCAGGUAUGAGAUUUCAGUGAGGUCUUUGUUUGGGGGCAGAGAGAAGAAAAACCUUGUCUGAAGUCCCGGAUCACUGCGUUUUUCUUCUUUGAGUUCGCUACAUCGUACAACACCUUCCUAGUAUUUGGUCCUUAUGAAUAGGUGUGCAUUCAGACUGUGUUCAUUUGCUCGAUGACACGCUAAAUUGCACAUUAAACUGAUAACUGUGAGCGCGAUAUCGCUUCAUCAUGGAUCUAAUUAUUCGCAGGACUUGCGAACCUCCAGCCGUGGCCUGUCCCAUCAGAUGUGGUUACUGUAUGUGACUUUUGAAGACCUGCUGUGCCUUCGACACCCGAGCUUAUCCUGUCAUCUGCUGUCUACCCGGGUCAAUGUUGAUGAAUUUCUGAUGCCUGCUCGUUUGAUUUCUAACACUACGACUGGCAUUACCUCCUUAAAACCUGAUCUCGAAUAUCGAAGAUCUGCUGGGAAUCGAACAAAAAACGUUACAAGUGUAUCUUCACAGGGGAUCGCCGUUCAGGGAGACAAUUGUGAAACCAAUUGGGAGCACAUUCACGCGCUAAAGAAAACAAUUGACAGCGAUUGGUUCACCGAUAAGAAGCGAGAAGACAAUAUUUCAACUUCUUAUCCGAUCUCAAACAGACAGAGUCUUGAAAGCAGUGAUAGGGAUCUAAAUGGGAGAACAAUACACCAAACCAACUGUUCGGCUCGUUUAAACACCAUGGCCUUAAGUCGUGUUCAACAGAGCAGCCGUGUACGCGAAACAAUGAGAGAUUACAGUGCUGACCAAGUCGCAAAAAAUAAACCCAAGUGCUUUAAAUAUCCUAAUCCUCGCCGGGAUAAAUCUAGCACUUCAGCUGACGUUUCCCAACAUGGAUUUCCGCCUCGGACUAACGGCUGUGUCUCUCGGUCAAAUCAGAUCAACCAUCCGGACAAUAGGCGGACAACCCGCGCUAAUCCGGAUUUAGGCAUUACGGGUUCGUAUUCGCAGUCCCCUGAUGGAUUGUUUGCAAAUAAUAACCGUGUGGGCAGCGAACAAAGACUAACACAGCGUAACUUAACUGAGAAAAACACGCGAUCUCAACCAAGACCCUCCACUCAUGAAAAGGCGAUGCAAGAGAACAAGUGUAGAGGGAACCGAACCCAGUGUUGGGUGGAGGAGGAGAACUUUCGCCCUCCACCGAAAGAAAAAAGAAUUCUUGGCAGGCAGGCGGAGAGAAUGCUGCUGAAAAAGAGAGAGGGACAAGCUGUGAAAUGUUCAAAAGAUGUUUCUAAUGUUAGGAGUACUGCUAUCAGACCGACAGAGCUAUUCGCGUCAAGGGGUAAAAGUGCUGGGGAAUUAAAACGCUCUGCCGGACCUCCCACCCCGAGGAGUGAAACUGCCACUACACCGGACAGCUCCCGGAGGCCUAAGAAACUAUGUGUUUUUCAACCCAAACAGUCUGAAGCUACCCCGGUUGUUAGUCCGGAUUCUGGAUUGGAUCAUACAAUUCUCUCGGAUUCUUUCGACCAUGUGCUGUCUAUUGAAGCGCAGUUUGACGAUCCAGUGCAACAAAACGAAAUGGUGCGUUCGAAUUCCACAGACUCGUCACCCGUCACAAUAUCAAGCGGAUACGAAAGUGAUUCUAUUCAGACUUGUGAGGCGGAGAUUGACAAAAUAUUCGUGAACAAUAAAUCAAGGAUAGGGAAUAUUACCAACGUAUCGUCCGUCACGGCUUUUCCCAAUCCCUCGUUACACGCUAGUGCAAUGGACCUUUCGUCCACCAUUUUUCAAUCCGUCCCCCUCCCAUUAGGUGCUGAUCCUGGUUCUGAGAAGUUAAACCAGUCAUUUGUUAGUUCAGUGUCGCGAACUCCAGAAAAGCCUACUGGAGUUCUAGACCGGUCUUUCCAAAUCCCAGACAAGUCUUCGGUUAGAAAUAUCCGAGCCACAGAAACUGAUUUUAAUUCGUUACCAAUUUUCCCUCGUGGUCAAAACGAACCUACUGCGGCUCGAUUCUCUCCUGUUCAGCGAAAUAACCACAAACUUACAAAAGUGGCGAGGUCUAUGUUUGAAAUUAUUAACGAUUUGCAAGAGGAAGAAAAUUUAAAAGCCAAUGCUAAUAACAAAAAGAAGUGCAAGAAAGUCAAACGUGCGGACCCAAUUCGAUCUGAAAAUGCCAGUGUCAUCAAAAACAAUUUUCAAAGAGGUUCAGCGGAAUCACUGAACGAAAGCAGAUUGUGUAUUUCGGAGGAAUCUAUUAGUAGCAGGGAUAAAAUAGACGCCUCUCGGGGUGUUAAUGCGAAAUCCGAUUGUGUCCCCGUUCAUACCCCCGGCGUUAAAAGUGAGCCUAUUGUAAAUGAGAAUAAUGAGGACGUUCAAUCAGAACGCCACACAGAUACCUUGUUACAGUUGCCCCCAACAAUUGAGUGUCAAUCUCCCUUGAGCAGCAAUAAUAGCUCAAUCCGGGAGUCUUCCAGCCACCCGGUGUCUUCAAGUGUUUUCGUUUCGCGAGCACCUUGUACAGUAAACAAGGCGGAGAUUCAAGAUCCUAUUCCAAAAGCCUCCUUUGCGCAGCAGGAGAGAACCAACGACCUUUCACCCCAGGUCCAGCCCGGCACUUUAGUUGUCAAGUGUUUACGCAGGCCAUUAGGCGCGCACAGUUCAGACUUUCGAGCUAACGACCUCCCACAUUCGUCUUCUGCAUGUUUCUAUGAAGAAUACGAAGGAUCUCCGAGUGUUCAGCCGUCGACAUCUGGUCAUCAGCAAGUUCCACCUGCUGAAUUUUCGCAUUUCCAUUUCCAAUCUCCUCCAUCUGUGGUCAACCACAAUGUUCCUCAUCCAGAUUCAGGACGCCUGAUUGUAUUCGACAAUGGGGUCACGCCGUAUGCCACAGCCCGAAUUCCCGGAUGUUGCACCCCAAAACGGGACGAAAAACUGGACGAUCAUGUUUAUGAAACGAUUCCAGGUGAUGAGUUUCUCUAUGAGGAACUUAUGCGCAUGCGUGCGAUGGGAUUACUUUCAAAACGGUUACGUAAGGUUCCCGAUAUGCCCGGACAUUUUAUACCAUACGAAGCACCCGAGCUUCCAGCCCGCAAUAUGAACAAUACACCCCGUCGAAACGACCAGUUUGUUGUCCUGAGGGAAGCGCGUCAGAACCCAGCAAUCCAUACUCCGCCCCCUCCCUGGCGAUCUGUGGAACACGUUCGUAAUGGCUCCACGUCGUGGGACGGGUAUUCCUACCCCUAUAACGAGGGCCCACCUAGAUACUUCACGAAAUGGACGCCCAGUGACCUCCUUAGUUAUGUGGACGGGAUCAGACAGCCAGCGCCAAAGAGGAGGGAGAACUUUUACCUUCUGCUGAACAAUAAACAGAAGCGCGCCGAUUUCUCAGAAUCCCUUGAAAUCGAAACUAAGCUAAAAAAUAUGGGACUUCUUUGGGGUGAUCGAACCCCUAACCAUGGACCCGAGUCUGAAAGAGCGCCCUCUAUCGAGAUGUCAGGGGAUUCUGGACAAACGUUUUUGCAAUCAACAUACGUAUAGAAUAGUACUGUGUGUUACAAUCAUUUGUUUUUGUGCCAUAAAAAGACAACAACUAAACAUCAAGUGCAAAAAAGUAGUGCUACAGUCAUCUGUUGAUCAUAUAUUUAUAUUUUAUACCUUUCUGUUAUUUUACUUUGCAAAUCCAAUUCACCAAUUAAUGAGAAGGAAUUUUUGAUGUUAAUUAUAUACUGUAACACUGCCCUUCAGACAAAAAAUCCAUGAUUUUCCUUGCUGUGUAGUUUCAUCCAUGAUGGAAUAAUGCAAUAUUCUUUAUUUUUUUUUACUUUUAUAAUAAAGAGAAAUCAAUUAUAA